AUGUCCGAGUACCACCCUGCAUUUUCCACUAGCGGCAACAACCAUGGCAUAUUCAUCAUCUGCUCUAAAUUCCAACAGAGUUGCCUAGAGGAAUCGAACACCAUCAAGGGGAUAUUUGGUAGUUCCAUCACCGAGUUGGGAAACUUCGAAGGUCGUGUUCGUAGUGGCGACGGAGAAUUCUUUGGUUGGAGGGAUGGUAUUUCCCAGCCUGCUCUCCAGGGCCUCGGUAAAGCAUGUCCUGGACAGCGCCUUGUAAAGCCCGGUGUGAUCAUCAUGGGUUACCCUGGGGACCCCGUUGUCGAUGCUCCUACUGCGGUUCAGCGCCCGCCGUGGACCAAAGAAGGCUCCUUCCUGGUCUUUAGGCAGCUGGAGCAAAAUGUCCUCUUCUUCGAGGAGUACAUUGAACAGAACUGGCGUUCCAUUCCUGCUAACGAGCCAAGAAAUGGUGUCUAUCUCACGGAUGAAGAGAGGAAGAAACUCUUCGGCGCUCGAUUGGUUGGGCGAUUCAAGUCGGGUGUUCCUCUUGCGCUCUCACCAUACAAAGAAGAUUUAAAAUAUCUCCAUCCUGACCAAAUCAACAAUUUCGACUACUCUGAGCAAGACGGACGCUGUCCCUUCUCCGCUCACAUCCGGAAGACCGCGCCCAGAAAUGUCGGUCCUUACCUUACAAAAGAGUUCGUGGAUGCCUCGGUAGUCAUUCGAGCGGGUAUUCCGUAUGGUCCAGAGAUUACCAGGGAAGAAAGGGAAGAAUGGGCAAAGAAGAAUCUCGAAGAGAAGAUCUUCGCCAAGUGUGAGCGUGGCCUUCUCUUUGCAGGGCACUCAGUAAGGUGA